CAGACAGUUUGCUUCGUUGCAGCAUCAGACCAGCGCCGAGCGAUGUCAUGCGGCAAAGCCGCUGGGUCAUCGGAUUUUUUGCGCUGUCACUGACUUGCUCUUUUCUGCUCAUUUUGGAGCGUGAGAUUCGCGAAUAUUUCGCCUUCAGAGAUCGCCCUUUGUUCCGGGAGCUGGUCAAUAAGGUCCCGAAUGCGCGGCACGUGUGGUUUGCCUGGAACUUGGCGGACACCAAUAACUACCUGCUGUGGCUCUUUGGCAAGGACAAAAUGUAUCAGAUCGGAUUGUUCGGCUAUCAUGCGCUGAUGACCAACGCUUCAUGGAAGGCCCUUUGUACCAUGGAUUCGGACAAGGAUGGUCUCAGCAAUGGCGUUGAGCUUGGGGACCCUUGCUGUCAUUGGGAACCUGGUGCGUUGGCAUCUGGAGACUUCGAGAUCCGUCACAACUUGGAAUACAGGCGGUGGCUGGUUUCUCAUCCAUCUCAUCCGACCAAAAGGAACAAGCAUGUUCAUUCCUUCCCUCAGACUUGCGCUGAGGAAUACGACGUUGAGCAAUACAAGCGCAUUUUUCAUGAUUUCUACUUCAGUCGUUUGGACGAACCGAUGGAGGAUGUGCCCUGGUCUGUGGUGAAGAUGGCAGCCUUUGCAUUCAUGAUUCUUCAACUCUCCCUGUGGUUCGCCUUCGGAGGUCUUGGAGACGAUCUCUUCACUCGAAAGUCGCCUCUUUCUACAGGCCUCCGAGCCUUUCUGAUCGUCCUCAGCUUUCUGUACAUGGACCUGAGCUCCGGCGUCAUUCAUUUGAUCCUGGACUAUGCACCGCCGUUCCUCCCCAUCAUUGGAGGCUUGGCCGGAGGCUUCCGGUACCAUCAUGAAGAUCCCACGGCCAUAUGCCGCAUCAGCUGGUUCGAAUAUGCCUCACACACCCAUUUACUGGCAGUUGUGGUAUUGUUCGUACUCAGACUGGGCCCGCAUUCCCGUGGCCUGCGCUUCUUUUGGGUAUGGGGACUUGUGUGGAGCCACCUGUUUCAAUCCGCGCACCGAUGGACGCACUUCCCACCAGACGAGCUGCACUGGUGGGUCACAGGCUUGCAAAGGAUGCUGGUGCUUUCCCAUGAACGCCACAUGGAGCACCACCAGGAUUUGGAGAAGCAAUUCACGAUUCUGUCUGGACACACAGAUUUGAUCCUCGAUCCUUUGGUCAAGCUGCUGCCAGCUGCGCACUAUGACUAUUGGUGUGUGAUUGGCGUUCUUUGGUUCUUCCUGCCAGUUUUUGUGGAUUUGUGGCUGCUUUCGGACGAGAAAAUGUCAAGCGCCUCUGGAAAGGUCGAUGACAAAGUGUAGGGCGGCCACAAGACGAACGCGUUUGAACGUGUUUGCUAGUGACCCCCAAUAGGAUGAACACGGAAC